AUGGAAGAAGACAACGCUCAUGAUAUUUUCAAGUGGUUCACCUCACUUUCAGACUCCAAAAAGAUCAUCAUCCCCGUAACUUUUCGAGAAGAAACAUACAAUGCAGAGCUUAUUCUCUAUGGAAACAUAAUGAGUUGUGCCUCUACGGAUGAUGCUAAAGUGCCUCUCAUAUUUGUGAUCGAAGGAGCUUCUGUUCAAAGACUGGAUUCCGAGGAUUCUUCGUUUGCAUGUGGUGUAUCGUUUCCUGAUUCGGACGAUGUUCUCGUUUUGCGAUUUGGUUCAGAGAAAACAAGGGAGUCCUGGAUGAUAAGGAUAGCGACAUGUUCUCAUCAAAUGGUUCGGGCUCAACUCGACGAAAUCGCAUACAAGUUUUAUACCAUGGGAACGAAGCAGGACUCCAACACUGACUGCUCUUACAGCAAGACCCGCCAAUUUUAUCUUACGAAUCCAUACAGAGUGACACACACUUUCGCCAUAUCUCAGCAAAAUAAUCUUCCUUCGCGUCGUGUUGCCUUCGAAGAAAUCAUGUCUGAAUCGAAAUUAUCUCUGAUCCUGCCUCUGGAACUUGUAAAGCUUUACAAAAAAUGGAUAACCGAAUUUUCCUGCUUGCUAGAAACUCGUCAACACCACUGGCCAGCUUUUGCUAUUCCGUACUUAUACGAUGUGCUAAGAGAAAUCAGAGCGAAUACUGAAACACUGGAACAAUGUUAUGAGUUUUUGGAAAACUAUUCCGGCCCCUCCUUCCGCAAAUCAACUGAAAAACACCGCGUUGCUUUUGCACCAGUUCCAACUAAUCUUCAUGUCCAUCAGUCCACCAUCGAUAAUAGAGUUACUCGAGAAGUUCUGAGUUGUGGUACUACCUCCGCUCUGCCUCUCCGCUUCCAGUACGGAGGGCUUUCUCGAAUAUCAGCAUCAUUGGAAGUUGAUCGAAUGUUUCACGACCUCCCUUUUUGGUCGAGACGAUAUUUUCUGUUUGACAUCAAGAAGUGCAUCGCCCAACUUAACUACAGAUUGGAUACUGAAUGGGGUGAUGGAGACUUCGAAAAGCGUGCAAAACUUAGUGCCGACCUUUCUUCUGCCAUAAGAAGUGUCUUCGAGCGUUUAAAGCAAAUCUCCGAAGAAAUAGCGGAAUUGGACAAAUACGCUGAAAUCCUUGUCAAUGAAGAGAAUCGAAGAGCUUCCUCAGGACAAAAUGUCACUCGACAGAUACCGGAUACUCUUCAAAAUCAGAUGGAUACGGUCGAUGCAAUGGUAAUGAGUUUGACAACAAAAGUAGCUGUUAUGGAUAAAAUUAAGGAAGAAGAGAGUAAAAGUGAAAUCUACGAAAAGACUGUCCGGGAUGCUAUUUGUUUGUGCUUCGAUAUGUUGCUAGCGAUGGCAGACUCGGUUUUGGAAUCACAACUGUUUGGUCUAGUGGUGGAAACGCACAAAAACUCAAAUUCGCACCUCUAUUUUCACGUGCAGUUGCGGUCUGACUUCAUCCUCUCACAGUCUAUCACCAUCGCGGCUACUGCAGUUCUCAAUACCGUCUACCGAGGCUGGCCUGUUGCUGAUGGAUGCGCCAAAGACCUCCUUCUUACUGUAUUUUCCUUCCUCUCUGCUUAUGGAGACGAAAGAGGAAUGGCUGAGGACGCAUGGGAGGCUUGGCGACAACUUGAAGCGCGAGUAGUUUUCACCUUGAUACGGGCCCCUUCCGAAGUAUCUCGUACCUGCAUACCUAUCGUCUCCGGUCAGCGAAGUCGAUUAAACGUGUCCUUACCACUGCCUCACGAAAUUUAUGAUGCUCUUCCAGCUGAAAUGCUCGCUCAAAAGUCAAUAGUAGUUCGAACUGCAUUCUUCAACAUCGGAGUGAACUACGAGGCGACUCUUGGACAGUCCUUCGGUGGUGUGAUACUGGAAACCGGAAUCAAUCAUGAAGGAGCCGAAAAAGUUUUAACCUACUCAAAUCGCUAUACAGUGGAUCCAAAUGCGCGCGAGGCUGCGAUGGAACUUGUUAAUGUGGUGGCCAGUGAACCCUCUCGGAAGAACCUCGCAAUCUUUGAGUGGGCAAUGUUGGCCUGCGAACUGCUUGAAGGACACGCUGUAAUUUGCUGCAAAAGCGGAAAAGAUCGAACUGGCAUGGCAGUCACAAUUGAACAAGGAAGAGUGUUUCGAGAAACAUGCGGGCUCAAUGCGGCACAGCUCCAAGAAGUGAUAGCAUCUCUACGAAGGGAUGGCGCUCGAAGAGAGAACUGCCGUAAAAACGUUGGCAAAGGAGUUUAUUCGUUCAGCCCAUUUCAAAUGCACUUCCUUCCAAAGCCUUUCCGUCCUCCGAGUGGCACUUAUGCUCAAGGAAUUGCCAGCUGA